CAAAUACUGUCAUUCCGCUAUUACCCUCGCAUCUUAUCUUAAAUUACCAGCCCACUCCCACCCUGCCUUCUUAUCACUGAGCACGUCGCCGUAUCCUCAAAUUUAAGAAAACCCUCACGGAAGAUCGCAAUCUAGGGUUUCACUCAAUCGUUACACGAACUUAUUGAUUCGUACUUCCGACAAACCGCCAUUUGUUGAAGGCUUGAAGCGUACUGGGUGGUAAUGGACUUUGACGAGUAUGAUUAUCUGGAGAAGACCGUGGAAGAGACCAACGGUCCAUCCUCGAAGAGCAAGGACAAGGACAGAGAGAACAGCUACGAGAAGGAGAAGAGUGAGAAAAGCUACCGGAGGAGGGAAAGGGAUGAGAGCGACGAUAUAGCUGAUGAAGACGUCAGAGAUCGCAAGAGCAGUAGAAUAUCUCGUGGAGGGGAUGAGGAGAACGGCAGGGAGAAGGUUAGAGACAAGGACAGGGACAGGGAUAGAGAUAGGGAGAGGUCUUCGCGGCACAGGAGUCGAGAGCGGGAGCCGGAUAGAGACAAAGAGUGGAGGAGCUCAAGGGAUAGGGAGAAGAGAGACAAGGACAAGGAUAAAGAAAAGGAAAGGGAUAAGGAUGGAGAUAAAGAUAGAGAUAGGGAGAGAAGAGAUAGGGAUAAGGAGAAAGAGAAGGAAAGGGAAAGAAGAGACAGGGAUAAGGAGAAGGAUCGAGAGAGGGAGCGGAGGAGUCGCAGCCGCUCAAGGCUUGACCGUGAAAAGGAGCGAGAAUUGAUUAGAGAGCGCGAGCGUGAGUUUGAAGUAAGAGAUAGCAGGAGAUUUAAGGACAAGAAGGAGACAGUGGAGCCAGAGGCUGAUCCAGAAAGAGAUCAAAGAACCGUGUUUGCUUACCAGAUGCCCUUGAAAGCAACUGAAAGGGAUGUAUAUGAGUUCUUCUCACAAGCUGGAAAGGUGAGGGAUGUACGUUUGAUCAUGGACAGAAAUUCAAGAAGAUCAAAAGGAGUUGGGUAUAUUGAAUUUUAUGAUGCCAUGUCUGUACCAAUGGCAAUUGCAAUUUCUGGGCGCUUAUUGCAUGGACAGCCUGUUAUGGUUAAACCUUCAGAAGCUGAAAAAAACCUCGUUCAAUCAAAUACUACUACUGGUGUGGCAGGUAUUACAGGGCCAUAUGCUGCCUCAGAAAGGAAAUUGUAUGUUGGAAAUCUGCACUUCAACAUGACAGAAUUAAACCUUAAACAGAUUUUCGAAUCUUUUGGUCCUGUCGAGCUUGUGCAGUUACCUACAGAUCCAGAAACUGGGCAUUGCAAAGGUUUUGGCUUUGUUCAAUUUGCUCAAAUUGAACAUGCAAAAGCAGCACAGAGUUUGAAUGGGAAACUGGAGAUUGCUGGUCGUACAAUUAAGGUUUCAUCUGUGACUGAACAUGUUGCUGCUCAAGACUCGGCAGCUAAAACGGCAGAUUUUGAUGACGAUGAAGGAGGUGGACUGGCAUUAAAUGCACAGUCAAGAGCAAUGCUGAUGCAGAAAUUGGAUCGGAGCGGCAUAGCCUCCAGCAUUACAGGUUCACUUGGGGUUAAUGGUGCAGCCCCACCACAGGUUCCAGGUAUGAGUUUGCCUAUGAGUGGGUCCCCUGCUAUUGCAGCCACAAUCUUUCCUCAAGGUUUUGCCAUGAUACCUGAACCCAUUGGAACCCCCAGCGAGUGUUUAUUGUUGAAGAAUAUGUUUGAUCCAGUUUUGGAGACAGAGCCGGACUUUGAUUUGGAAAUUAAGGAAGAUGUUUUCGAAGAAUGUUCAAAGUAUGGCACUGUGAAACAUAUCCAUGUGGAAAAGAAUAGUGGCGGAUAUGUCUACUUAAGGUUUGAUAGUGUGGAGUCUUCAGCUCGUGCUCAACUAGCAAUGCAUAAAAGAUGGUUUGCUCGCAGAUCAGUGUCUGCCAUCUUUUUGCAACCCUACGAGUAUGAUGCAAAGUUCAAAGGGGCAGCCUGAUCGAGUUUCAGGGGCCUACAUUUGGCAGUAAUGUACUUGAUAUUCUGUGUCAAGAUUGAGACGAGUUUUUGCCUGGUUUUGGUAUUAUCAGUUCAAUUGCUAAUAUUUGUUUUACAUGUAUGAUCAAUUACUAACACUGAAUUGCUGCCUAUAAAGUGUAUUCCUUCCAUGACUAUCUAUAUAUGUACUGUACCUAAUUUAAAGUUGAGGAAUUCAAGGCGCACAUUUAAAAAGUACCAUCUUUGCCCACUAACAUUGGGACAAGAAGGGCUUUCUGA